CGAGCGAACUGCGACAGCGCCAAUGGCAGCAAAACAGAACUGUUAGAAGCGAGGAGGAUGACAGCAACAAGGUGAGAGGAGAUGAUGAAGAAGAUGAGCGCCGUCUGAAGCCAACCAUGGCAGCGAGGAUUAUAGUUCAAUUUGUCUGCUGAAAAGGGGAAGAGCAUCCAUUUCGACCAGCGUAACGAGUCUCGAUACAGAGUAUGAUUCCUUGGCAUCGGCGGAGGUGAGGAAGCAUGGCGCGAAAAGCUGAGGCGCCGAGACGGCCGUGAUGACAGCAUGGUCCAUGGUGGAGAAGCUCAAAAUGGAAAAACGCCCAUGCAGGGAGCAGAACAUUGACUCAAGGGAGGCCCAGCAUGCCACGGACGAGUCCGAGGACGGAAGCAGCUCCGAGAGCGAGUCGGAGGAGCAGCAGUGGCGGCGGCAGCAGCAGCCCCACAGGCCUCAGCUGGGCAACAGCAGCUGCAGGAAGAGGGAGCCCCUCGCCAUCACCAAACCCCACCGCCAGCUCUGCCGCUCUCCAUGCCUCGACCGGCCCAGCUUUUCCCAAAGUAGCACCUUGCAAGACUUCCGCGACGAUGACUCCGGCGGCGGCGGCAGUGUUGGCGCCGCAUCAGGCCUCAAGCCUGUCAGCGGAAGGGAGUACCAAACCAAGAUGGAGUUUGCUUUGAAGCUGGGCUACUCUGGAGACCAGGUGGAGACGGUGCUCAACAAGUUGGGGGCCACGGCGCUCAUCAACGACAUUCUCGCCGAGUUGGUCCGCCUCGGGAAUAAAGCGGAACACGAAGCUCAACCCUGCAGUUCCACCGCCCCGUCAACGUCACGGCCCCCCUGUGUGAAAGAAACUGUCAGUCCAGAAGUUUCAGUCGAAGAAGAAUCCCUGGAUACGUACGAUAACCUUCGACCCAUCGUCAUCGAUGGGUCUAACGUGGCGAUGAGCCACGGGAACAAGGAAGUUUUCUCUUGUCGCGGUAUUCAGCUGGCGGUCGAGUGGUUUCGAGAGAAAGGACACAAAGACAUCACUGUGUUUGUCCCCGCCUGGAGGAAGGAGCAGUCGAGACCCGACGCUCUCAUCACAGAUCAAGAAAUCUUGCGCAAACUGGAGAAAGAGAAGAUCCUGGUUUUUACCCCGUCUCGAAGAGUCCAGGGCAGGAGAGUGGUGUGCUACGAUGAUCGCUUCAUAGUGAAGCUGGCUUACGAUUCUGAUGGAAUUAUUGUGUCAAAUGACAACUACAGAGACUUGCAAAACGAGAAACCAGAGUGGAAAAAAUUUAUAGAAGAGCGCCUCCUGAUGUAUUCAUUUGUCAAUGACAAGUUUAUGCCACCUGAUGAUCCGUUGGGAAGACAUGGGCCGAGCUUGGAAAACUUUCUUCGCAAGAAGCCUGUGGUUCCAGAGCACAAAAAGCAGCCUUGCCCUUAUGGGAAAAAGUGCACAUAUGGUCAUAAGUGCAAAUAUUACCAUCCGGAACGCGUGAACCAACCACAGCGAUCCGUAGCCGACGAGUUGCGAGCCUUCGCCAAACUGUCCGCGGUAAAAACAAUGAGCGAAGGGGCUUUGGCUAAAUGUGGUACAGGUCCAGCUGCCAUUAAGGGGGACGUCGGCUCCGAAGCAAAACGCGUGGCACCUAAACGCCAGUCCGACCCCAGCAUCCGCUCGGUGGCCUGUGAACCCGUAGAGGCGCUCUCCGUCGCCCGGAAGUCUGAGACGAAUUCAGUGCCUUCCCUCGUGUCUGCUCUCAGCGUGCCCACCAUGCAGCCCGCCAAGAGCCACGCAGCCGGGGCGUUAAACACCCGCUCAGCCAGCAGCCCCGUUCCAGGCUCUCUGCAGUUUGCACACAACUCUCUCGAGCACAUGUCCAGCAUACAGUACCCCCCCAUUUUAGUCACCAACAGCCACGGCGCCUCCGUGACGUACAGGGAACAGUUCCCCAAGUACGACUCAGUCAGCGACCACGGAUACUACUCGCUCCACAGCGAUUUUUCCAACAUGAGCAUGAGCAGCAUGCACAACGUGGACAGUUUCUGUAGCAUGGAGCACGAGCAUGUGUACCAGAGAACCCCCAGCCACUGCCCCGAGUCCUGCCUCAGCCACUCCAACAGCGACUCAUUCUCCUCCUACGGGGAGCUGUACCCGAGCUCUGUGGACAGCAGCCUCGAGGAGAGCAUCAAGGGGCAGCAGCAGGCUCCUGCGCAGUCGAGGUUGCAGGCCUUCUCCCACGGGUUUCGCCACGACGCACUCACUAGAGUCCAGAGUUACGGACAGGAGGAGCCUAAGCAAGGUCCUCGCAAGCAGUCCGGGGCGCAUCUCGCACCUCACAUCCAGCACGCCACGGUGGGAGCCCGCUCCAGCUGUCCUGGAGACUACCCGCUCGCCCAGAACGUCUUGCCGCCAUUGUCCUCGCAGCCGACGCGGUCUCUAGGGAUGACGCGCAUGGACAGCAUAUCGGACUCUCGGCUGUACGACAGCAACCCGAUGAGGCAGAGGCGGCCGCCGCUGUGCCGCGAGCAGCACGCGAGCUGGGACCCGCUGCCCUGCGGCAACGAGUCCUACGGAUAUCACUCGUAUCCGCUCAGUAACAGCCUGAUGCCAUGUUGCGAGCGGGUGAUGGUCCGCAGCAUGCCAGACAAAAUGGAGCAAAUCUGGAACUCGCCGUGGGAGAACCCGUCCGCGGCCGAGCACCAAGAGCGGUACGUCAUUCCAGAUCACCAGUACCAAACAUACAGGAACCUCUGCAACAUCUUCCCCGCGUACAUCGUCCACUCGGUCAUGGAGAAGAACCCUCAUUUAACAGAUCCACAACAGCUUGCAGCUGUGAUCGUCACAAAACUGAGGUCAUGCCACUGAGCAGCUUAUAGAGUGAUAAAUAACUGAGGAAUUUGAUUAGAGAUUAGGCAUUUAUUCGCUGUGGCUGCAUCUGCAGCUCUCAGGAGCUUCUUAUUCCGUCUUGUAUUGUUGGAAAUUGUGUGGAUCAGAUAAUAGGUCUACAAAAGUGGCAUAUAUUGGGGGUAAAAAAAAAAACUCAUUUUAGAAGAUGUUUUUUAUCUGAAGUUUAGUGUAGCUGAUAUGAAAAGUGGAACUCUUUUAAAGGAACUCAUUCAUGACACCUUCACACCGCCUGAGCAGGAGCAGCAAGGCUACAUUUGUUCACUGUCACUUUAUUUUAAAAAAUAUCUGCAGGAGUGUUAAUACGAUUAAUAUGUAUAUAACUUUUUUAAGCAUUCACAUAUCAUUUCUUAUAUGUUUGAAUGUACUCAUUAAAACAGACUCGGUAGCUGAUAAAUGCGGUGAUAUGCCUUAACCGUUGCCAAAUUACAACCAGAAACUUCAAUGUGUUUAAGUUAUGCAAAGGUGUUUUAGUCUCUUUGCAUCUAAUAACUCCAAAUAAAAUCCAUUACAACCUGUUGGCUUCAGAAGUGUCAAAAAGAUCUAAAAGCAUUCCCCUGGUGACAGCAUCAUCUUCUUCAGAGGAAUAAGAAGGUGGAUGAUCUAAUGAUGGCGCAGUCCUCCAAGAAAACUGGUUAGAAGCUGUAAAAAAAACUAAUACUUGAAUAGAGGUACACUUUCCAGAAGGACAACAGUCUAAACAUCCAGCCAAAACUGCAAUUGUAGGAUUUAUUGUUCUUGUUAGAAAAGGUCUAAUCAAAGUCCAGAUCUGAUUUCCAUUAAAAAUGUGUGACAUGACUUGCUGUUCAGAUGCCCUACAUGAAAUCUGAACAAGCUUGAGAUAGUUUAAUGAGAAUAAGGUCAAUUUUAACAGAUAAGGUGGUAAAAAGGUGCAACUCCAAGAGAUUUAUCACUAAAAUUCCAGUAAAAAAUACUUUUAUUCACUAAGGGGGCCGAAUAAGUAUGCAUGCCACAGUACUCACAUUUUUUUUUGCAAAUAAUACAUUUUUUUUUCAUAAGCUGAUAUUACAUCUUGACACCAAAAUGAAAAGUCUUGAGAAACAAUUUAAUACUAUAUAUUAUUUUAUGAAUUAUCUUGCGAGUUUAACCCUAAACACAAGGCAACAAUUUGCUCGGCCACCAAUCUGGUCAAGGACACAUCUGUGUUUGUCCACAUGUAGCUUUCCUGAAGACGCUGCUCAGGCCCUGUGAACGCGUUUUGUUUCUGGUGGCGUGGAACUAUAAAUAGUCUUGCUUUGCAAUGCCUCUGCUGUACAUAGUACUUGUGAUAUAUAAAUAUAUAUACAUAUAUUUUUGUGCGUUUAUUUUCAAAUGAAUUAAGAGAGAGGUAGGUAUAUAGCUCACAGCAUGACCUAUGACUUUAUGGCCUUAUAUCUGAAUGACCUCACGCUUUAGUCAUUGUCUGAUUGGUUCAGGUGGACGUUGUCAUUAAAGCCUCCUAAUUUUCAAACGUGAAGCACUAUCACAAUAUCUAAAGACGUAUAUUUUCUCAAAAAAGCUACUAUUUUGGUAGGAUUUGACUGUGCACAAAGCAAGCCAAACAGAGAUUUGACUUGUGCACAUAUUUAUGUACAUAUGAUCUCACGAAAGCCAUUAUUUUAAAGUUAUCAGCUGCUAAGAAAUGCCAAAAAGGAAAAAAAAAAAAAAAAACAGAAUUUCUAUAGAGUUAUGAACUAGCAUUAUCGCAAUUUGUUUCUUGGGGUCAAUUGGAGUAUAAUCAAAAAUAGUUCUGUAUUUAGAAUUUCAAAGUUCCUUUCCUUCCUGACCUUAUUAUAUGCAGCAUUCAGGAUUUGACAACGAAUAUAUCUGUCGAAUCUCUUGUGCUGGUUGUUUUCAGUGUAAAAGUCAUCACUAAAUGUUUGUUCAAAGCAGUCGUUCUGUCAACUUAAAGUUGUCUGUGAAGCAAUUGGGUUUUCAGGAGCAGGUUAAUUACGUUUCACGCUUUUACACUCAGCCAGUUGUUCUAGGUAGGAAGGAGCCAGUGCGAGAAAUGCAGUGAGACCCCGGUUUCACCACAAAUACAUAGAACAUGCUAUAGAAUUUAAAUAAGUGUAUUUCUUGAUCUAAUUGAGCAAGAAAAUAUUUUCGAACAGGCAAAUUUUGACAAGGGCUCCUAUUUUCCAGGACUGGAUUAGUACAAAAAAAAAAUCAGAAAAAAUUAUUUCCAUACUCUAUUUGUCAAUCUCAUUUUUAAAUAUUGUAUGCUCCCUUCUGUGUAUCUGUUCUUCCGUUUUUUCCCCAUUUUUCUUUCUUCCCUUUCUUACCCUUUUUCUUUUUCCUGUCCACCAGUAAUGACAUCAUAAACUAGUCACCGUCAGCCUCUUGUAGCUCCAUGUGAUUCCUUCAUUUAAAGAGAUGUAUUUAAUGAAAAUGAAGGAAUGUAGAGUUUUUUCUUACUCUACAUUUCCUCUUUCGACCCUUCCUUGUAUUUUUCUUGUUUCCUUUAUUUUUUAUUUGCAUGUAUUAUUUCUUGUCUGCUUGCAUUAUUCAUUUUUCCCUCUCCCUCCUUCCUUCCCUCCCAUUUUUUUCAGUUUCCACAUUUAAAGCCUGCCCAACUGUAGAAAUAAAUGCUCGAGUGAACUUUAGUCUUUUUCAUUGUAAACUGUGAGCACAGUUUGAAAGAAGGUUUCAGUGGCUAUGAAACCGUAACAGUUUCAAACCUUACUUGAGGUAGUGGGACGGUGAUUCUCUGAUGAAGACUGGGCUCAAAAAGUAUACAGUGGAAAGUAAAGCGUUUACGGUAGAAAACCUAUGUAUCCGCAGUUUAUAGGGGCAGCCAAUCACUCACACUCUAACAAUAAACGCUCUUAAGGAUUUGCAGAUGACUUGUAACAUUUUCCCUCCCAGUGGUUGAGUUUACGUUUUAGAAGCAGACAACGCUAUCUAGUUUCAGUAGGUAUCAAAUUUUAUAUGGGAUAAAAACAUGACUAAUUGUAUGCAAACUGAUGUAAGUUAAGAAUCUAUGCUUUGUGAAAACCAAUAUAAUGUGGUUUAUCAUGGUAUAUGUAAUGAAUUCAUGCCUUAAGCUCAUCUUUUCACCAACCUGGCUUCCUAUUUACAUGUCACUAUGUUUAGUCUUUGAGACAGGAGUUUUCCUACUCGCUGAGGUAAACGGCGUCCUCCACGUUUGUUGAACAACCACUUAAAAGAUAUUAGUAUGUCUGCAGUAACAGAAUCUCAGACUGAAACAGCAGACAUAACACGUAAAGGGAGCUUUGGAGAUUUUCCUUUUCACUAUUCACCAUUCAACACAUCCAGUUCUGCAUUUUAGUUGUUCCUCUGAAAAGUCUGAUGAUCCAGAAAGAGCUGCUGCUUUGUGGCUCAACUUUUUAAAGUAGAUUUUAAACAUUAUAUUUUAUUUUUUUUAAAAUCAGGAAAGGUAGGUUAGGAGCCUUUUUUUUUUGGUGAAAGGACAUGAGCUCUUGUCUUUCCAAUUUUGA